AUGAGAGACUCUGGAAGCUUUACAAAGACAGCACGCCCGAGAGGCACUAUCAAGUUUCAUCCGUACGAAGAAUUAGACGAACUCUCGAUGAGGGAAAUCGCCAAGUUCCAAGUCACACCAUUCGGCAGAAUCAAGGAGUGCUGUGCCCAUAUCCCAUACAACAGUGGGAAGAAAGACUUCUAUGAAAAGACGGGCCGCGAGAGCUUUGAAGUAUUCAAGUACGAGUUCAGGGUUCCUGGAGACGACACCGAAUACACGGUUAUGUGGGACUACAAUGUCGGACUAGUUCGCAUGACGCCCUUUUUCAAAUGCUGCCAAUACGGCAAGACCAUGCCCGCCAAGAUGCUGAGCUUGAACCCUGGCCUCAAGGACAUAACCCAUAGCAUCACUGGCGGUGCCAUAUCUGCACAAGUGCUUACUUUUAUACGCCCGCCGCGCUGGCACCACCAGUUCAUAACCCUCCCCGAACUUCAGGCUGGACACCCGCCAACCAGCCACCAGCGAGCGCGUAUCCUCGAGAUGACCCGUACCUCGGUAGCCCUUGGCUUAGCGCAGUCCCGCGUUUCGCCCCUACGAAUUCGGCACAUAAGUCACCACAUCUUCGCCCAUGGCAAAGCGGCGGCGGCAGCAGCCAUAGCACUAUCGGAAAGAGACCGAUGGAAACCGAUCAUGACCACGGGUACGAUGCAGGCGGCGAGAGCCUUGCGGGUAGCCCGGUAA